AUGCCCAUUGACAAGGAAAUAAUGAGAUUAAAUGGCAAAGAAUAUGAGAACUGUAAAGAAAAAAGAAAAAAAGUGCAAGGAACCAUCUUCCCAGCUCCCAAUUUCAACCCCAUAAUGGACGCGCAAAUGCUAGGGGGAGCACUCCAAGGAUUUGGCUGUGACAAAGACAUGCUGAUCGACAUUCUAACUCAACGCUGUAAUGCACAAAGGCUGAUGAUUACAGAGGCAUUCCAGAGCAUGUACGGCCGGGACCUAAUUGGUGAGCUGAAGGAGAAGCUUUCAGAUCACUUCAAGGAGGUCAUGGUCGGCCUCAUGUACCCACCGCCAUCCUAUGAUGCUCACGAGCUCUGGCAUGCCAUGAAGGGAGCAGGGACCGAAGAGAAUUGCCUCAUUGAUAUUUUAGCUUCAAGAACAAAUGGAGAAAUUUUCCAGAUGCGAGAAGCCUACUAUUUGCAAUACAACAGCAACCUUCAAGAGGACAUUUACUCAGAGACUUCAGGACACUUCAGAGAUACUCUCAUGAACCUGGUCCAGGGAACCAGAGAGGAAGGAUACACAGAUCCUGCGAUGGCUGCUCAGGAUGCAAUGGUCCUGUGGGAAGCCUGUCAACAGAAGACAGGGGAACACAAGACCAUGCUGCAAAUGAUCCUGUGCAACAAAAGUUAUCAACAGCUGUGGUUGGUUUUCCAGGAAUUUCAAAAUAUUUCUGGGCAAGACCUAGUAGAUGCCAUUAAUGAAUGUUAUGAUGGAUACUUCCAAGAGUUGCUAGUUGCAAUUGUUCUGUGUGUUCGAGACAAACCAGCCUACUUUGCUUAUAGGCUACAUAAUGCAAUCCAUGACUUUGGCUUCCAUAAUAAAACCGUAAUCAGGAUUCUAAUUGCCAGAAGUGAAAUAGACCUGAUGACCAUCAGGAAACGAUACAAAGAGAGAUACGGAAAAUCCCUAUUUCAUGACAUCAAAAAUUUUGCUUCAGGGCAUUAUGAGAAAGCUCUGCUGGCCAUCUGUGCUGGUGACGCUGAAGACUACUAA